GGUGGAUUCUGGUCUAUGUAGUUUGGCCUUGUAUGUUAAAGCGAAUGUUAAACUUAUCUUUCAAGCCACAUCAGAUCACAGAACCGGAAACAGAUGUUUCCGAGUCGACUUCAUCCAGGUGAGUUUACCUGCUGCAGAUUUAACAUGGCUUCGGAUGAGUCUCCUCCAGAGGAGAAGAAGGUGAAGAGGAGGAGCAGCAGGAAGUUGCAGAAGAAGACCGCACACAUUGAAGACUUAACAUCCGCCGGUCACACAGCUCUGCAGGAGGGACGACCACAGGAUGCUCUGAGCUGCUUCGAACAAGCUCUGAAGAUUGCUGCACAGUUGCAGGACUCUCGGGUUCUACGGGCCUGUUGCUUUAAUCUGGGAGCGGCCUAUGUGGAGGCAGGCCGACCUCACAAAGGACUGGACUUCCUGCGACGGGCUCGGUCCGGUCCAAAGGCUGAGCGGCUCCCAGACCUCCAGUUCAACAUGGCGCUGGCCCACAAUGCACUGGGACAGAGCCAAGAGGCCACCGCCUGCUUCCUGCAGGCCGCUCAGUUGUACAGGUCGCAGGGAGACGGAGGCAGUGAGGGGGACGCCUGCAUGGAAAUGGGCCACUGCUACAGCAGAAUACAGGAUUGGUCUUUGGCAGUGCAGAGUUUUCUUCGAGCAGCAGAGAGUUACAAAGUAGCCUCCAUGUUGGAUUCUGCAGCCGCCGCCCUUAAAGAGGCAGGAAGUCACAUGGUCCAUUCAGAUCAGUUCAGCCAUGACGACGUCAAAGACAGGCUGACCGAGUGUUUGCGUUUGAGCAACAGUGUUGGGGAUCCAAGCACUCUGGGUGAGCUCUACCUGUCUGUGGGUGUUUCCUACUGUCGCAUCAGGUGUUUCCAGGAGGCGGUGACAUGUUUUCAGCCAGCGCUGGAGCUGGCAGCUCAGAGACCCCCCCUGCUGGCCAAACUGCUGCAGAACCUCGGAGCAGCCCUGAACUCUUUGGGGAAGUUCAGCUCUGCGGUGGAUUAUCACAGGCUGGCUGCAGGACUGUACGGCUCUCUGGGUUGCCGUGCCGAUCAGGCUCGGUGUUUCAAUAAUCUGGCCAUGGCCUGCAGUCAGCUGGGGGAUGACCAGGAGGCAGCAGAGAGCUUCAUCCUCGCGCUGCAGGGAUUCAGAGACACAGAGGACCACCUGGCUGAGGUCCAGGUAUGUGAGCUGCUGGCUGAGUGUUACCUGAGGCAGAAGAAACUUCAGAAAGCUGUUCAGCUCUACAAGCAAGCUGUGAGCACGCUCUCUUACUGCAAGGCAGGUGUGUCACCCUCAUGGCUGCGGCUUCUCCAGACGUCCGCUGAGGAAGCUGAAGGAGUUCAGGACCGCCUGGUGGAGCAUCUGUCUGCAGCUCUGCAGCAGAGUCUGGCUGUGACACAGAGGCCACACCCCGACAGGACCUGCCUAUACCUGCCACACCCUCACAGCUCACCUGGUGGACAGGAUGUCAGGAAGAGUGGCACAGCACCAAGUCUGGCAGCUAAUCAGCAAUCAGGUGGGCAAAGACUAGAGGCUCCAGACGCAGGACGUAAAGGUGAGGCAAGCUCAGGUGGACAGUCAGCAGCAGAGCCGACCAGGUCAUCAGAGGGCGGAGUCAGUGACGGUGCGAGUCUAACACCUGGAUUCCAGCGUUCAGUGCCAUCAGAGAAGCUGCACCAAGGUGAGCAGUGGUUGGACAGAGAGAAUCCUCACCCAGACAGUGAAGCUUCCUCACCUCAGCAGGUGGAGUCCUCCCCCACCAGCUCAGGUGACGUCAGAAAGGCAGCGUCACCUGUGUCCAGUUGGAAGUCCCGCCUCUGUUCAUUAAUGUAGUCUCCUGAUUGGACAAUGAACUUCUCCUCAUAUUGAGGACGUUAGGUUAUCAGGACUCUCCCAAAGACGCCUGAAACGUUUUAUCACGGCUUCACCUUCGUGCUUCCAGUCCAUUCUGGACUCCUCCAUCAUGGCUUCCUGCUGCUGCUUUCCUGCUUCAUUCACUCAGGUGUGACAGGUGUACCAGGUGUACCAGGGGAUCCAGAGGCUCGAUGCUCUCACAGAUUUCUCAGACUCUGUCCCACUGCAAACCAGAACCAGACGGCUUUUAUGGACUCUGCAUCAAACUUAAGAUGAAACGAUCAUCUGCGCCCCCUGCUGGCUGAACGCCUGGUGCCUCCCUGCUGCUUGCAGGAGAUCUGAGGUGGAGCUGGUGGAGCUAUAGGUCCCUCAGAGGUUCUGAUCUAGUUCCCUGAGAGGUUCUGAUCCAGAUCCAUGAGAGGUUCUGAUCCAGAUCCAUGAGAGGUUCUGAUCCAGGUCCCUCAGAGGUUCUGAUCCAGGUCCCUCAGAGGUUCUGAUCUAGUUCCCUGAGAGGUUCUGAUCCAGAUCCAUGAGAGGUUCUGAUCCAGGUCCCUCAGAGGUUCUGAUCCAGGUCCCUCAGAGGUUCUGAUCCAGUUCCGUGAGAGGUUCUGAUCCAGAUCCCUGAGAGGUUCUGAUCUAGUUCCCUGAGAGGUUCUGAUCCAGAUCCCUGAGAGGUUCUGAUCCAGCUCCCUCAGAGGUUCUGAUCCAGGUCUCUCAGAGGUUCUGAUCUAGUUCAGGUUCUGAUCCAAGUCCCUCAGAGGUUCUGAUCCAGGUCCCUGAGAGGUUCUGAUCCAAGUUCUGAUCCAGGUCCCUCAGAGGUUCUGAUCCAGGUCCCUCAGAGGUUCUGAUCUAGUUCCCUCAGAGGUUCUGAUCCAGAUCCCUGAGAGGUUCUGAUCCAGGUCCCUCAGAGGUUCUGAUCCAGGUCCCUCAGAGGUUCUGAUCCAGGUCU